AUGGCAUGCAACGACUCCGACUCCCAAGAGCAAGAAUGCUACUUCAUCCUCCACGAUGCUCAACCCCCACAGGCCCACUCAACAGCCAUCAUACGAUCAGUAACCGACCUGAGAUUCCAAUGGCAUACCGUACCUACACACUCGCCCAUGCCCAUCGACCUAGAACAACGCGCACACAUCAACAAGAUCGACAUUGGCAUCUCAGCAACAAGCUCAGGCGCAUACUGGGCGGCGCUCCUGUCCACAUUUCCGCACUUGGAAAACGUCAAAUUCACGUGGCGACCAUGUGCAGACGACGAAGAGGAUACGCGGACGCGAAGGCUUGCAGCGCAGAGCUUCUUCGACACUGUUCUACAGACGCUAUCCGCGACGUCUGUGAGGCGACUUUGUCUGCAUGGCUUCGCGAUGGCGUACGAGCUCGUAGAGCGGGUCUUCGCAUACUGCGCGUCGACGAAUCGAGAGCUUGAACUCGAGCAGAUUACUCUCGUUCAGGCUGUUGGAUCCACGGAUAUCGGCGUGGAGAAAGAUCUAUCUCGGACGGUGGGUUGUGAGAUUGUGGAGCGGGGGUGGGUUAGGUUUGUGCAGGACAUGAGGGUUAGAUACCCUGGGAUGGCUGAGCGGAAGGCGCUGCAGCUUGGGAGUUUGCGGGAGUUUUAUGCGUCGAGGGCUGGGAGACGGGGGGUGUAUUUUGAUCUUGAUCGGGGUGAUGGGCAGACUGUGCGGAUGUUGCAGGAUUUGUUCGAAGAGGGAGUGUGGGGGAGGGACUUGAUGGAUUGUUUGUAUGGUGGUUGGUGCGAUGAGGGGUAUGAGAGUUUGUAUCAUGAUCAAUGGGGGUACUAG